GUGUGUGUGUGUAUGAAGAGCCGUUUGCAUGUGCUCGUGUAUAAAAGUUUUUUUUUUAUUAUAAAAAUCCUCGCAGCUAACAAUAAAAGUCCUAUUUGAGAUUUUAUUUAAAACAACGAAUAAUCGACUAUAAAAAGAAAAGGCUGGCUCUUAAAGAAAAGAAGAAUGAGCUGCAGUUUGAAAAAGCGCUUUUAAAAAUAGCCGAAAUGGAAGUAAAGCGGAAAGAGAGAACAUUAUCAUCCAGUUCUUCGACGUCCUUCAGCUCAUCGUCGUCAUCCAGUUUGAUCUACAACAUGACUUCAUCAUCCCGCAACGCCUCUCCAAAACCUGACGUGGAUCAAAAUGAAGAUGCUUUUCCUCUCGGACCCUCUUUAAAGUCCUCCACACCGCGCCGCACAGCCUCUAAAAACCCAAGUUCUACUAUAACUUCCCCGGCUACCGAAAGUCCGAACACCGAAACACAGGCCACUAAGUACGACGACUGCUUGAAACCUUCAAUGGAGUUGGCGGUCCAAAUUAAAAACAAUGAAUGGAAGUUACCGGCCCUUACUCGAGAUCAAUGUCGUGUUUGUAGAAAAAAAAGAGUUUCUUCAAGCUGCUCGAGUCACGUAUGCGACCCGGAAAGGCUAGACCUUGGAUGCUAUUGUGGUUUUUUGACACACGGAUCCCUCUCGUUUUAUGGACACAAGGCAAGUUGUACAUUCAAAGCCAACGACAUGGUACGCGUUAAUAAACCGGAAGAAAAUGGCUCUUCCGAGAAGCUAUCCACUCCAAUGGGUAGUAUUAGCAAUCUCGAUCCUGACCACAUAAACUCUGGUUACAUAAUGGAUACUGGUUUGGGUGAUAAACAUGCUUUUGAGGACAAAAUACUUGAUGGGAAUAUAGUCGUGUCUGAGGAGUCGCCUGACAUGGAGUACGACUUUGCCGAGUUUUGGGAAGACGAUGAAUGCAUCGAAUGGAUCAGCGUAGAAGAAGCAGGGAUGGAGGAGUUUGAGGAUGCUAGGCCCACCAGCAUGGCAAGGAGAAGUACAUUGUGAUCGAGCUUCCGGACAACGGUUAUCUUUAUUGCAUGCCACCGAAAAACCACCGAAGCAUUUGCUUAAUUUAUCAGAUCUUGACAAUCCGUACAACGAUCCAAACUUUCUUUAAUUCCCGUUUUUUUUACAGCGUAUUUUAUUAAUACCAAAUUCAUGAAUUAAUAAUUUGUACCCAGAUACUUUAGGGAAAUCUUGCUAUAAGUGCUUGUAAUCUGCAAAAUCCAUUUAAUAUU